AUGAAUGGGACGAGAGCUGCACCAGGAGUAACACCGAGCGAAGUAGCUAUGAAUGGCAAGAAUGAAAUGGAGGUAGUUGAACAAGCACCUAUUCCAAAGACAAAUGCCAAUAUAGGGCUUAAAAGCCCUGUCAAUACGGUGGAAGAUGUUAACCAGGAGGACUCAACAAACUCACCUCCACCCAUUCCUCAUGUAGAGAUUAAUCAAAUGCCUUUGUCUAUGAUAAUAAGGAAUCUAACCGUAUAUACAGUAAAGGAGAUUUCUCAAUAUAUGAAAACAACAGUUCACAUGAAUACAGCAGAUACUUCAACUGCUAGAAAGAUGAGAUUUUUGAAUCUGCUGAUAUUUAUUAGGAACCAAUUUCUGAAGUUGUACGUGCUGAUAAAAUGGUGCCGGACUAUAAAGGAAAACAACUUCAAUAUAAUGAUUGAUUUACUAAACUGGUUUAGAGGUACAAAUAUGACAGUCAAUAAUUGCAUCUGGGCACUGAAAUCCACUCUGGAGUCUACAACAAAUGCAAAAUUGCCCAAUGUCGAUCUUGUAACGGCACUUGAAGUUCUUACAUUGGGAAGACCAAAUUUACCUACCCACGAUUUUAAGCUGAGUGGAGAAAACAAUGAAUAUGAGACCGUGAAUGGUCAAUUAAGAAUACCCACAAAACUUAUUAUGCAAAGAUUAAAGGAUCUCAACAUAAUUGUGAUGAUAAAAAUUUCAUCGAUCGACAUUCCAAAACAAUUCAACAACUAUGAAAUUAGAGAUGGAAGAGUAUAUAUCACUGUUCCAGGCGAAUUUGAAAUUCAACUCUCCACUAUUGAUAGACACUCACCUUUUUUCUUUGUUGAUUUCAAGUUAUUAUUUGCUGGUACAGAUAGUUUAUUCAAUAAACCAAGGCUUGAAAAGAUUAUCAAUGAUGUCUUACUAAGAAAUAAGAAACCAUUAUACUCCUUGUACAGCUUACUACAUCGUUACGUUCUUACUUUACAGCUUUACAUGAUUCAUCUAGAGCUGUUAAAUUUGGAAAAUGAUGGUAAAUUUUCUGGCGGGAACCUGGUGCAUAGUUACAAUGCCAAGAAGAGUUUAAUAGUAAUGAAAUACUGGAGAAACGGGAAGCUAGGAAAUAAGACAAAGAUAAUUAUUGGUGUUGACAGGAAGUCCGAGGAUUUAGUUCUCAAAUGGGAUAACGAAAAUGCCAAGCAAUCGAUGCAUAUGCCACUAGUUUAUACACACGUUGUCGGAAAUGUUGAGGCAAUAUUAGAUGAGAUUAUGUUCAACCAUUCUAGGCUAAUUAGAGCAGAUUUACUAUCUAGAGGUGUAUUUCAGGAAGAUGAAGAGGAUCCAAGUGUAUUAUUAUUUCAAUUACCCACUACUUGCUUAUCAACUGCUCCAAUACAGCUUAAAAUCGAUCUUGUUAGCGGCGUAUUUUAUUUCAAGAAUCCUUCCCCACUUUUGCUUGAGUAUGUUUCUCAAAUAAACAGAGCGGAAACACCCGAAGACCUAACUUCUGUAUUACAAAGACUCAAAUUAGAUAAGAUUGUCCACAUUAUACGAAACAUGUUUGAUAAAACAGGUUGGGUAUGUAGUAAGGUAAUCAAAUUGGAUAAUCCAAUAGCAACCUCUGUCAACUCAGAAGAGAUUAAAACCAAUUUACUACAAAACGAUAUGUUCAUUAGAUUGGCGUCUUGGCCUGUAAACUGGUACUUAAUUUUGACAAUUGUGUCAUCUAAUUCAUCGUGUAUUAUAGAAAAGCGCAUUGGUAAAAUAAUAUCUACAAGUGGCAAAUGGAAAGUACAAUAUUUAGAUACAACCAAUGUCCUCUCAUUGAAAUUAGAAAGUAUAACCUAUAAGAAAAUCAUCUCACUACAGAAGAGUACUUUGAACAGGAUUAUUAACCAUACUUUGAUUGACUCAUUAAAUCAUUUGAAGACACGUAAUAAAGUUUGUUCUCCUGAUUUGAUUGUGAACUCACUACCAAAACAUCUAUUAGAGGAUGAGGUGGAUGACAAGGUACCUCAUAGCAUUGAAAAUUAUCAUCACAUAUCAUUAAUUACCAUAGAGUUGGAAUCCUUCUUAGAGGGAUCUAAAGCCCUUAGUGGCAUUCUUGAAAGCACUAUGUUUUUGAGAAUGGAUUACAAAAAGUUUGAGAUAAGACUGUAUGGAAAAUUCAAAAGAAGUACAAUGGCAUUCCAUUGCCAGUGUGAUGAUCUAUUGAUUAAUUUUGUGGAACGAGAACCAUUAGCUUUUUACUUGGCUGAAACCUUUACAAAUCUAAAUGAAAUUGUUCAGUAUUUGACACUUUUCAGACAAAAACUAAUGCAAUUAGUUGUUUUAACUGAUGUUGUGGAACGUCUACACAAGAACUUUGCAUCUGACCACUUCAAGAUUAUUUCAUUAAAACCCAACGAAGUUACAUUCAAGUACCUAAAGUCCUCGACUGACGAUAAAGACUGUACUAUAAACAUCAUCACAAAUGAACAAACAAUAAAAAACCUGACAGUGAAAUUAUCAGAUAAAAAUCCGCAGCAUAUCAUCCAACCCUUUAUCGAUAACCAGCAAUUCGAAUAUCAAUUUAUUUUUAGCUAUUUGCAGUUUACUUCACCACUUUUCUGUUGCCUGAAAGAAAUUCUUGAUGAAUCAAAUAAAGAGGAAAGAUUAGAAAAUGCAAAAGAAGAAUCAGAUUCAACCAGAACUUCUACAUCUAUCACGUUAGGUCUUCAUAAUUUGAGUGAAUAUCAAUUAGUAUAUUUCAACCCUGAGUUAGGCUACAAAAUUACCCUGAUAUUGGAAUUGAAGGAGGUUUCAAUUAAUGGGAAGAAGAAGAUUCAAUUUUAUGUCCAUUUCUCUCAAGAUGAACACAUUACAACAAAAUCAUCAGCUUAUCCACUAAUCCAUCAAGUUAGAAAUGAAAUUUUUAUGCUAGAAAUGAAAAAAAGGGAUGGAACUCCUAGUCUCAUUAAACUAGAUAACACAAGGAAUGUGAUUAGACUAGGAAAUGGUAUUUCAUGCGAUUCUGAUUCGAUAGUUGAAGUACUAAUGAGUAUUAAUAAGAUACUUCUUGGUGAUUCAAAGUCCGCUCCUCAGAUUACUACAGUGCCACCAACUAAUAAAACCAUAUAA